GCGUGCAAUGUCGGAAUGGUGCACGUCUGUGAUCGAGCUGCCAUCGCGGAUGACGAUCGUCGCUGCGAAUUCUGCAGCAAACUAUUCAUACAGAGGAAGAACAUGCUGCAACACAUCAGGAACGUUCACAAAAUGGCCGUGGAUGUCAAGAAAUUGAUGAAAUGCGACGUAUGUGGCACUUCCCUGCCUACAACGGAGAAGUUUUCGGUGCACCAGAUCGCUGCGCACAACUUCGAGGCUGAUUACGUGCACCUGGUGUUCCGGAACAAUAAGGAAUUUCAUGAAUGGAAAGCAGAAGAAGAGGGUAGCCAAAACUGCUGGUUCAUUUUGCCCAGGGACCCCAAAAAGCUGGCCAGUGGAGAAACAAGGAUCCACUAUUACUGUAAUAGAUCAGGCGAGGCAAGGAAAAAGGAAGGUCAUAGUGACCGUCGGGAGAAAAGUCAGGGGAGCUGUAGGUCUGAUCUUGUGCUAUGAGAUGAGGAGGUGUAAAAUAAAAACACCGUGUAGAUUUCACAAUGCCUUUAAGAAACCACGCGAAGCUUGGAGAUGAAGCAUUACAUGCACCUUGAACCAAGUGUCUGGACACAGCGAGUGAAAGUUGUUUUGUCAUGAGCGAGGAUGUCGGUGUUACUUGUAACUACCUUUAAAUAAAGGUUUGUUUCAAAACA